ACUCAUGUGUGCUUUGAACUGUAUUUUUAUAUUGACUUUUAACACAUGUUGGGACUUGGAAGCGAAACACCAUUCAUGAAUUCAUUCAUUCAUGGAGCAGGGUGGGGCAAGUGUCAUAUUUUUAUAAGAACAAAAUCAAUAGAAGCUACAUGUCUACACACAUGCGCAAAUGACGCAGUGGAAAUUUUCCGCUGAAAUCAUCACACGCACAAAAGGUGUAACGCGCAUAAUGCGAAUUUUAUUAAGGCCUUUAUGAUGUAUAGACACACAGCCAUUUUUUUAUAAAUAUACAUCCACUUUUACUAAGAGAAUGUCAUGAUGGAGUAGUCGCUCGCCACUGUCAGUCGGUGAGCAUCCAAGAAAGAUUUGUUCAAGGCUGUGAACAAAAUCAUUAGAAUCACUUGCGGCCUUCCAGCGCUGUCGAUGAAAUACCAAUGAAAGUGAGUCUGGUUCCAGCAUAAUUGUGGCUGCUCGACGACGUGCCUUCUGUUCGUGACGGCGCCGAAACUAACCGCAUCAAGCACCCGGAUUGUUCAAAACAACAUUUUUGCUCAGACGAAAGACAAUACCGCAAUUUCCGGCCCAUAAGCCGUGACUUUUUUCACCCUGCGGUUUAUGCAGUGACGCGGCUAAUUUGUGCAAUUUUUUCGAACGAUCGCAAGGGGGCACUCGAGCAGAAAAGACCGCACCUGAAACGAGAGAGGGAUUAGAUACUUCUGCGCCGGGGGAGACAAUACAGACGCUUCAUCAGUCAUGGUGGACGCCGCCAUCGCCGAGCAGUUCCUGGACGCCAACCCGCAGUUUGCCAAGCAGUACUACGACAUCAACUUCCGGCCCAAGGUGGUGCGCGACCUGCUGGACAACGGCCGCGCCACGGCGGUGGACGUGAGCCGCUACCACCGGUUGACCACGGUGGAGGAGAGCGAGAUCCUCUUCGACCUGGUGCGAGACAUCCAGGACAACCUGCACAUGGAGAAGUCGCUCUUCAACCUCAUGCGGCACCUCAGCUUCAUGAUGAGGGCCGACCGCAUGAGCCUCUUCAUGUACCGACAGAGGAACGGCGUCGCCGAACUAGCCACCAGGUUGUUCAACGUGCAUAAGGACUCCGUGUUCGACGACUGCCUGGUGCAGCCCGACAGCGAGAUCGUUUACCCGCUGGACUUGGGCAUCGUGGGCCACGUGGCCUCCACCAAGAAGAUGCUCAACGUGCCUGACGUGACGCAGAGUCCUCACUUCAGCAACUUCGUGGACGAGCUGACCGAUUACACCACCAGGAAUGUGCUGGCCGUGCCCGUCAUGAACGGCAAGGACAUGGUGGCCGUCAUGAUGGCUGUCAACAAGAUGGACGAUGCGCCACACUUCACUGCAGAGGAUGAAGAGACCCUCAACAAGUACUUGAACUUCGCCAACCUAGUUCUGAGGGUUUUCCACCUGAGCUACCUGCACAACUGCGAAACCAGGAGAGGGCAGGUGCUGCUGUGGUCGGCCAGCAAGGUGUUCGAGGAGCUGACGGACAUUGAGAGGCAGUUUCACAAGGCCUUGUACACGGUCCGAGCCUUCCUCAACUGCGACCGCUACUCCGUGGGCUUGUUGGACAUGACCAAAACAAAAGAGUUCUUCGACCUGUGGCCCAUCCUGAUGGGAGAAGCCCCCCCGUACAGCGGACCGAAAACACCCGAUGGCCGAGAGAUUAUCUUCUACAAAAUUAUCGACUACAUACUACACGGCAAAGAGGACAUCAAAGUCAUCCCGAAUCCUCCAGCGGACCACUGGGCUCUGGUCAGCGGCUUGCCGACAUAUGUGGCGGAAAAUGGACUGAUUUGCAACAUAAUGAAUGCCGGCGAGGAUGAAUUCUUCAAUUUCCAGAAAGAACCUCUGGACAACUCGGGCUGGUCGGUCCGCAAUGUUUUGUCCAUGCCCAUCGUCAACAAGAAAGAGGAGAUUGUGGGCGUGGCCACCUUCUAUAACAGGAAGGACGGGAAACCCUUUGAUGAAAUGGAUGAAACGCUGAUGGAGUCGCUGACUCAGUUCCUGGGCUGGUCGGUCCUCAACCCGGACACCUAUGACAAGAUGAACAAGCUGGAGAACCGCAAGGACAUCUUCCAGGACAUGGUGCUCUACCACGUCAAAUGUCGUAAGGACGAGAUCCAGAACAUCCUGAACACGCGCGAGCGAUGGGGGAAGGAACCAGACGAGUGUGAAGAGGACGAGUUGGAGGAGAUCCUGUCGGAAGUUCUCCCCAACGCCAAGAAAGCGGAGAUCCUGGAGUUUCACUUCUGCGACUUCGAGCACAGCGAGUUGGACCUGGUCAAGUGCGGCGUCAGAAUGUACUACGAACUCAAAGUGGUGGACAAGUUCCACAUCCCCAGAGAGGUGUUGGUGAGAUUCAUGUACUCGCUCAGCAAAGGCUACAGGAAGAUCACCUACCACAACUGGAGACACGGAUUCAACGUCGGACAGACCAUGUUCACGCUGCUCAUGACGGGCGACCUGAAGCGUUACUACACCGAUCUGGAGUGCAUGGCCAUGGUGACCGCCGGAUUCUGUCACGACAUCGACCACCGCGGGACAAACAACCUCUAUCAGAUGAAGUCCGGAAAUCCUCUGGCCAAGCUUCACGGCUCGUCCAUCUUGGAGAGACACCAUCUUGAGUUCGGCAAGACUUUGCUGAGAGAUGAGUCUCUGAACAUCUACCAGAAUCUGAACCGCCGGCAGCACGACAUCGUCAUCCGGCUGAUGGACAUCGCCAUCAUCGCCACCGACCUGGCGCUCUACUUCAAGAAGAGGACCAUGUUCCAGAAGAUUGUGGACCAGUCCAAGACCUACGACAGCUGGAACGACUGGACCAAGUACAUGAUGCUGGAGACCACGCGCAAGGAGAUUGUCAUGGCCAUGAUGAUGACGGCCUGCGACCUGUCGGCCAUCGCUAAGCCCUGGGAGAUCCAGAGCAAGGUGGCGCUCUCCGUGGCCGCCGAGUUUUGGGAGCAAGGAGACCUGGAGAGGACGGUCCUGGAGCAGCAGCCCAUCCCCAUGAUGGACAGAAACAAAGCGGACGAGCUCCCCAAGCUUCAGUGCGGCUUCAUCGACUUCGUCUGCUCCUUCGUUUACAAGGAGUUCAGUCGCUUCCACGUGGAGAUCACGCCCAUGCUGGAGCGGCUCCUCAACAACCGCAAGGAGUGGAACGCCCUCAAGGAGGCGCACGACGCCAAGGUGGCCGCCCUGGACGCCGCCAAGAAGGCCAAGGAGGAGGCGGCCGCCGCCGCCAGACAAGCGAGUGCGGCCCAGUCCAAGACUUGCACCCUCAGCUAGAAACCGCGCCAACCUUUUGCAUCAAGUACAAUCUCCAAAACGACAUGCGAGCGUAGCUUAGCUUGUAGACACAGUUUCAACAUUAACACCGCACUUAAACCAGAAAAAAAAAAAAAAAAAUCAUAAUAAUGAUGAAAUGAAAAGGUUUCAUUUUUCAAUAAAAGUUGAAGCUAAAUAUUCAAAGACUGAUUUCUAAAAGAUUAAGUCCUUACUUUAAAGCUUAAGUAUUACAACUGAAUUAUACUCAACGUAGCAAAUGCACUAGAAUGCUAUUUUUACAAUAAUUUGAACAGAGAAUUCAGUGAUUCUUUGACACACCACUAGAGGGAGCCCUUGUGGUUCACUAACCUGUUGUUGCGCUACUAGUUUUUUUACGCUGCCGUGCAGUACUUAGAAAAUAAGUUACUUUGACAAACACAAGGCUACUGAGCCUUGUGGUGGCAGUACCGCCAACUUGUACUUCAAGAUGUACUUGAACAUUGGAAACAAUGCGCAAGUAUAUAAUUGCUUUAAAAAAAAAAAAAUUAUCGGAAAUGUUGCCAUUUUCAUACGCAAACAUGUUUGUUUGUCUUUUUACUUCAGGUUUGUUUGUCUUUAAAGUUCGGGGCACUACUUUUUAAUUUUAGGGAGUUAAAUCUUUCAAGAUGGAUUAAAGUUGUUAUAAUAUUAGUAAUUUUAGCAGUAGCAUUUAGUAAUAUCUAUUGUUAAAGUAUCUAUAUUUAAUUCUAUGACACUAGUUUUUUUUUUCCAGACUCAAGAUUAGAAAAAAAAUAGCUGAAAUGUUUCAGUUGUAUUUAUCCCAGAAAAAGUCAUAAUUUUACAUGAUUAUGGUUGUAUCUUUUGAGGGAAAACAUUUGUAGGAGAGAAAAAAAAACUAAGAAAAGGUCACAAUUUUACAAGAUAAAAUGUAAUCAUAUGAGGCUAAAACUUUUUUUUAUUAGGAUUUCUUUUUCAAGACAUUAGUUGUCAGUUUGUGAGAAUACAAAUAUGUACUGGGGAGGAUCUGAAUGAAGUUUUUUUUAUUUUUUUUUUUUUUCAAGAAUAAAUUGAAUCAUUAAAAAGAUGAAAAAUAAAUAAUACAUUUUAUAAGAUUAAUUAAGUCUUUUUCUAGAGAAUAUGCGAGAGAGCAACAACUGCAACCUGCCAAAAGUGGUCCUGAGUACAAGGUGAGUUUUUUUUAAGAUAAGCUAUUUAUAUGAAUGAAUAUAAUUGUUUUUCAGGGAGGAAAUCAUCUAAUAAAUCUGAAAUAAAUCCUAAAGAUUUUUUUUUUUUUUACAAUAAAUGACAAAUUUACAAAAAUCUAUUUUUUCUUUUACAAUUAAUUACAAAUAUGAUUACGUAAAUAAUGUCAUUAUCCAAGCUGCUUAUCCUCACAAGGGUCACGGGAAAGAUGGAGCCUAUCCCAGCUAGCUUAGGGGCUACACCCUCAACUGGUCGCCAGUCAGAUAUCGACACCAUCACUGAGCGGGAAUCGAACCCGCGCUGCCCGCGCCAAAGGCAGGCGUGUGUACCACACCAUGAAUCGCCGUUAUUGUUUAUUGGUUUCGUGACAUUUCAGGCAAAUUUGACAUGAGAAGUAUUUAGGCAUUAAUUAAAAUAAGAUGAGGGGUCAAGGGGAGGAAGGGGGGCAGUCCAUGGGACCCCCCUCACCCCCAAAAAAGCAUCUUCUGGAUGCUGCCGGAGAGAGAGAGAGAGAGAGAGAGCAAGCGACAGCCGAGCGUGACUAAAACGCCGCCUGCAAAAUCCUCUCUGCCGCCCCCACCCCCCCCCACCCCGCCGCGCCGCACCGACGUCAACGCGCGUGGCGUCACCGCCUCGUGACGUCGCCGCCUCUGACGUAAAACGGCGGCUCAAAGCAUUGCCGUAUACGGCGAAACCGGACCGAGCCGUGACGCGGGAAGCCACCCGUGACUGCCGCCGGAGGGGGGGGGAGGCAGCUGGAGCCCCGACGACUAUUUUUAGGCGCCUGACGUUGUCUCCGAGCAGGACCCGAACGGACCGGCUGGCUGCUCAAAAUCCCGGCGGGGCGUUAGCAUCCCCUGCUAACCUUUUUUUUUUUUUUGUCUUCGUUAGCAAGGGAUGCUAACGUACAUUUUUGGAUAAAGUACAGGAACGAAUCCCCCCCCCCCCCCGCCCCCACUUUCACUUUGCAGCAGAGGAUUGUCAGGA